UAGUUUCUACAUUCAAAGCUUUUGCCCCUAUUAGAUAUUCUAUCUCCCUUGCAGUUACACUCCAAAACUUCCUAUAUAAUCACCAAAACCUUUUCCACCAUUUGAUCACUCUCUCUCUCAAUUCAAAUUGUACUGAAGCUAUAGCUAUGGUUUCCUGUCAACCUCCUCUUUCUCCAAAUCAAAGGAAGCCGAACCCAGGGUCCGAUAACUUAUCCAAGAAGAGAAAAUGGGAAGAGCCCUUUGUCGAUCAAAUAUUCGAAAAACGUUCCAAAGCUGAAGAAACUACAAAACCCAUCUUUGAUAUUGAUCAUGAUGAGCACUUUGAGAUUCCCUUGCCUUUGGAAUGGCAACGCUGCCUUGAUAUUCAGUCUGGGAAAAUACACUUUUACAAUACAAAGACACAUACAAGAACAUGUAAGGAUCCAAGGAGGAGCCCUGAUCCUGAUGCUGAUCUGCCAAUAAGUCCAGUGCAUAGGAGCUUAGACCUCGAACUGAACCUAACAUGUGAUCAGUCGCUAGGUAAAAACAACAUGGACGAUCAUGACCAUCAUCAUUUGUCGAACCUCAAUUCCGGCGGUUCGGGGAAACAGAAGCGGAAUUCUUCAGGAGGGAUAAGACGGUGUCCGUCGUGGUUGGCGUUCGAAAUGGAUCACAAACAAGAAAUGGUAGCAAGGGUGUGUAUGCGGUGCCACAUGUUGGUGAUGCUAUGCAGGUCAUCACCAGCAUGCCCAAACUGCAAGUUUAUGCAUCCACCUGAUCAGAAUCCCCCGACCUUGUUCAAGUCCAGGUGUCGCUUCUUCUGCUAGUAUAGGGAUCGAUCCUGCAAGUGCAAGUUAACUAUGUUGGUUGAAAUUUAAGGCCUAGUUAGCUACUUAGCUUAUAGUUAUUUUCACCUCUACUAAAAAUGACUCAUCAGAAAAACAGAGUAACUUAAAUAUAUAAUGUAAGUAUACGUGACUGCCCUUUCUUCUUCUUUUAUUUUA